AUGAUCUGGAAAGUUCUAGAAGGGUCGAAAAUAGCGGAAGAGGAAGCAGCGCAGGAGCACCACAUGUGCUUUGAGUCCCAGCUCCCCUAUAUUUCCCCCAUCCCGCACUCACCCGGCACAGUCUCUUCUGAGAAGCGAUCGAGGAAAGCUCGUUGUCUGAUCAGAGUUGCUUUCGUCAAAAUGCCUGAAGGAGUGGAAGUGAUGGAGCAAGGACUGGGUGCAGAGGUUGAGACCUUUGCAUUCCAAGCAGAAAUCGCCCAGCUCAUGUCCCUCAUCAUCAAUACCUUCUAUUCCAAUAAGGAGAUCUUCCUUAGGGAAUUGAUUUCCAAUGCUUCUGAUGCCUUGGACAAGAUUCGCUAUGAGUCCCUGACUGAUCCUUCUAAGUUGGACUCUGGGAAGGACCUAUACAUCAAGAUCAUCCCCAACAAGAAUGAGCGCACCUUGACCAUUAUUGACACGGGCAUUGGUAUGACCAAAGCAGACUUGGUGAACAACCUUGGAACCAUUGCCAAAUCUGGCACAAAAGCCUUCAUGGAAGCUCUCCAAGCUGGUGCUGAUAUCUCCAUGAUUGGGCAGUUUGGUGUGGGCUUCUACUCUGCAUAUCUAGUGGCUGACAGAGUGACAGUGGCAUCCAAGCAUAAUGAUGAUGAGCAGUAUCUCUGGGAAUCAUCUGCUGGAGGCUCCUUCACGGUCAGGACUGACCCGGGAGAACCUCUAGGCCGUGGCACGAGAAUCGUGCUUUUCUUGAAGGAGGAUCAGACUGACUACCUGGAGGAGAGGAAGGUCAAGGAGGUUGUGAAGAAGCACUCUCAAUUCAUUGGGUAUCCCAUCAAACUUCUGGUUGAGAAGGAGAGAGAUAAGGAAGUUAGUGAUGAUGAAGAGGAAGAGAAGGAAGAGAAGGAAAAGAAGGAAGGUGAGGAGGGAGAUGAAAAGGAUGAGCCAAAAAUAGAGGAUGACUAUGUCUCCCGAAUGAAGGAGAACCAGAAGCACAUUUAUUACAUCACUGGAGAGAGCAAGGAUCAAGUAUCUAACUCUGCCUUUGUGGAACGAGUCCGAAAGCGUGGUUUUGAGGUAGUCUACAUGGUGGAGCCUAUUGAUGAGUACUGUGUUCAGCAACUGAAGGAGUAUGAUGGAAAGCAGCUGGUUUCCAUCACCAAAGAAGGAUUGGAACUCCCAGAAGAUGAAGCAGAGAAGAAAAAACGAGAAGAAGAUAAGGCUAAGUUUGAGAAUUUGUGUAAAGUGAUGAAGGACAUUUUGGACAAGAAGGUUGAGAAGGUGGUUGUGAGCAACAGGCUGGUCACAUCUCCUUGCUGCAUAGUUACCUCACAGUAUGGCUGGUCAGCCAACAUGGAAAGGAUCAUGAAAGCCCAAGCUCUUCGUGACACAUCCACCAUGGGAUACAUGGCUGCCAAAAAACAUCUUGAAGUUAAUCCUGACCAUCCCAUUGUUGAAACCAUGCGUGCAAGGGCUGAAGCAGACAAGAAUGACAAGUCUGUCAAGGACCUUGUGAUGCUUCUGUACGAGACUGCUCUGUUGUCAUCUGGUUUUACUCUUGAGGAUCCUGGAGUCCAUGCUUCACGCAUAUACAGGAUGAUCAAGCUUGGGCUUGGAAUUGAUGACGAUGAAGCCAGUGCUAGUGAAACUGCUGCUACAGAGGAGAUGCCUCCUCUUGAGGGAGAUGAUGCUGCUGAUGCAUCUCGUAUGGAAGAGGUGGAUUGAGAACUCAUCGAAACCCAAGCUCUUCUGAUCUCCUUUGCUUCUGCUACUAAAGUUAUAGUAAAUUCCAAAGAACUUCAACAUUCCCCCCCCCCCCCCCCUUGAGUGUGUGUGUAUAGAUUCGAUGUUGGUGCAUUAUUGUGAUAUUCAGCAUACUCCUACUGUGAGAUUGAAAAUGCAUCCAUUUAGUUCAUGUGUUAAACUGAAAUUUUGGAAUAAACCCUUUUCAUUCA